AUGCCUCCGAAAAAGAAGCAAAGAACGGGUAAGGACACGAGCGUGGCAACGCAGCAAAACGAGAAUCAAGAAGAGCCACGUGAAACCGAAAGCUCAGCGGCUCAAGAAUAUGCCACCAGUGACAAGGGUAGUGACGAAGGUGGCUCCAGUCCAAAACUUCGUGACGCAGGUUCUCCCCGAAGCGCGCUCUCGUGGCGAGACGACAACGAAGACGACGAGGACGAGGAUGAGGACGACGAAGAUGACUUGUACGGGAAGGGGUUUGAUGCUGAGGAAAAGGCUGGUGUAGUACUGGAGCCUUCCAGAGACCACCCGGAACACAAAUGGUGCAUCAUGUGGGAAGGGUUCAAGAUGUGCAUGGAUUACGUCAGGAGGAGCAAGUACUGUUGCCCUGAUCUUUUUGACAUGUACAUCACGAACGAUUUCGAGGGGUACGGGUACCAGGAGCUGAUUGAGAACUUUAUGGGUGUUGUCGCUUUUGAUGGAUCACUAAAGAAAAAGGAUGAGGACGCUCUGAAGCGCACCUGGGCCAUCGUCAGCGCACUCAGCCUCUGGUUGAAUGAGGUUAAUCAGCGCCCGCUCAUGGGCAACGAAAAUGGCGAGAAGACCCAAGCAAUCAUCGAACUGAUUGGCUACACACUCCUGCGCGGCCUCGCAGCUCUGGACUUCGAGGGGCAGGUAAAGCCAGACACCGACUUCCUCGAUGUUCCAAUUGUGAUCACCUCCCUCCUCGAGUUUUCUGACAGCCUCGAAGACUACGGCAUCGACGCUGAGGCACUUGAGUGGCGCCCCCACGCUGCGGCUUAUUUCAAGAAGGGUGGGUUUGCGAUUGAAAAAGGCGUUUUCGCUGCGAAAAAGGUCCUUGAAUCGGCGAACGGCGGAUCUGAGGCCAGUCUCGCCAAAAAGGGAAAGGAUCCAUGGGGCUGGGAUAAGUUGGUAAAGAAGUACACGCGCACGUUUUGUACAGGAAAGAUGGGGGGUACCAAGUACGAUAUCACGAAGAUGAGCAGGAAAGAGAGGGCAGGCCAUGCCUUCGACCACAAGAACCCCCUGGCAGAUAUUAGUGACAAGGACUUGAAGGAAGGAGUUUUGGACUUCGCGUAGAUGGUUAGCUUUCGACAGCUCUUUGAAAAUUACCAAAUGGAUCGUGAUGAGAGCGCACAUGAACCGGUGCUGAUCGUUGAAACACUGUUCAACCCUGUUUUCUAGACAUGGUUACCACCAAUCGCACCUUGGGCGCAAUGACAUAGCAGUAUGAUGGCAACUGGGUAGAGAACAUUCCAAAAUAUUUGUUGUCUGCUCC